AUGGACCAGAUUCUAGCCAAAGCAUCGAACCAAGCCAUAUCCUUCGCGAUCCGCUCCGGGAUCACCUUGGCGUCAGGCUACGCCAUCAAGACAGUGUCGACAUUCCUCGACAAGAUCCCCGAGUCAGCCCAACGGCGCAUCGCGCUCAAGCGCACCAAGCUCAACACCAAAAUCGCCAUUAUAAGCGUCACCAUCGACUUGAUCCGGCUCAGCGCAGCACGGGGCAACACGGUAUUGGAAUCGAGCCUUGCAUUGAUUGAUGAUCUCGAUCGGCAAUUCACCGAGUUUGACGCGCUGAUUGAUGCGAUUACGCGGGGGUUGAAUCGCGGUAAUGAGAAGGAGAGCAUUGUCCGCGUCGAGCUGGUGAUGGAUGAUUUGAUCGCGGAGAUCAAUGACGCUAUACCUGUGUUGAAUCUAAGUCUCUUGAGUUCGGGCGUUAAUCUCCAUGGCGGUGGGGUCAGCUUGAGGCAUGUGUCCCCGGGGAGAUUGCUCCAGGCGUCGAAUUAUGUCGUUAAUCGUGCGCUCGGGGGAAUUGUGGGGCCCGUGUUUGAUUUGGUCACGUAUACUGUGUUUUAUAACCCGAGCCGGAUGAAGUAUGUUGACGAUGGCGGUGCGGAUGAGUUGAGCUGUAUCACGUGGAAAGAAACGUACGCAAGGAGCUCAGUUAGGAUAGUGGAUGGCGGUGGUGAUGGAGCAGGGAAUAACUUCAGGUACAGCUUGGAGAUUGAGGAGGACUUUAGCGAUGGGCGAUACCAUGAUGACACGGAUAAACCUGGCUUGAAAAGCUACGAUUUGCAAACGGUGCAGAGCAUGUUUUUCACUGCCUCGGGCAAGCUUUUGAGGAUCGAGGGACGCAACUCGCCGGUUUUGAUUUUGAAGAUGGUGGAUCGGGAGAAGAAGAGCGAGGAGUGGAUUGCUCUAGGUGAGUUGAACAAGGGCGAGUUUGACGAAGACGAUGAAGACGAUGAGGACGAAGACGAGGAAGAAAAAAAAGAAGCCAAAGUUGAUGCAGAGGCAGUCAAGGCCAGCUCAUUGUCUUUGCUAGAGUACAUCAUCCGCCUUUCCAGAUUGCAGGAAAUCGAACAAAAAAGCAUCCUCGAGAUCCCCGAUGAGGUGUUGAAGUUGUAUCUACACGAUCAGCUGACGAGUGCCGACUUGCCCAAACUGAUCGCCCAGAAGCAAAAGCACGAGACAACAGUUCGCAACACUGAAGACAGCAUCAGGAUGGACUCAAAUGUGAGCAGGCUCAAGCAUUUGAACCUUGAUGAAACUAAAAAGGAAAAAGAAAAAGAGAAAGAAAAAGAGAAAAAGAGUAAACUGAAAAGAUAG